AGGAAGUAAUGUAUGGGUGGCUUGAGAUGCGAGCCCAAGAGUCAGUGGGUACGGAGAAAGACAGAGGAAAGAACGGACGACACGGGCGGAAGCAGACAAACGGCGGUUGAAAAGUUGUCAGCGAUGGAAGGAGAACCGUUGGAGAAGAGAGUAAAAAGGCGAGUGGACGACCCUAGGAUGAUAAGAGGAAGAAUUGGAGCGGAGAGCAUCAUUUUUCUAUUGGACACGGGGGCAUCGGUGAACACGGUGACGGAAGGAGCGUGGUGGAACAUUAGGGAGGGCUCGACGGCUUGUGUACGAAAUUGGACGCCGAAUCCGGAGGAGCAACUAAAAGGUUAUGGGAAUGCGAACAGGCUAGAAACGGAGUGCGCGUUUGAGGCGGUGAUAACAGCAGCUGAGGGAGGCAACGGCGUGUUGGCAAAGUUUUUCGUAGUAAAGGGGGCCAACACAUCGUUGUUAGGAUACGAAACGGCGCAGCAGCUUGGGUUGAUUAAGAUAGGUACGGACGCGUGCAAGGGAAUAUAUAAUAUUUGUGAAGAGGCAAGCGGCGAAAAGGAGAAAGAAUUCCCCAAAAUGUCACUACCGCCGGUGAAGAUAAGAUUCGAUGAGAUGGCUGCGCCCAAGCAAAUAAUCAGAUACAACAUUCCGAAAGCAUUUGAAAAAGCGGUGGGAGAAAGACUGGAGGAGAUGGAAAGGAGAAAGAUUAUAGAGAGAGUGGACAGCAGGAGACACAAACUAUCGUUUGUGUCGCCAUUAGUGCUGGUGCCAAAAGGAAUAAAUGACUUUAGGAUUGUGGUAGAUUUUAGGGAGGUGAAUAAGGCGAUAGUGAGGGAGCCGUACCCGAUGCCGUCGCUGGAGAGGAUUUGGGCGAAUAUACCGAACGGGUCGGGAGCAUUAUGGUUUUCGAAGAUUGACUUGAAAGACGCAUAUUUUCAUGUGGAGCUUUGCGAAAAAGUACGGCAUCUAACAACAUUUAUGACGGCUAAUGGAUUAAUGAGGUAUAGAAGGUUACCGUUUGGACUGUCGUGUGCGCCGGAAGUGUUUCAACACGCCAUGGAAAGGAUUUUUGCUAAUUGCAGAAAUACGCUGGUAUAUUUAGACGAUUUAUUAAUACACGCUAGUUCUAAGGAAGAUUUAGAGAGGAAAGUAAAGAUAGUGAAAGAGGUAGCGUGUAGGGCAGGGUUGACGAUAAAUGAAAUGAAAUCCAGUUAUAAUGUUAAUAGGAUAGAUUUCCUUGGGUUAACUCUGGAUGGAGAAGGUAUUUUACCAACGAGAGAAAAAUUGAUAGAAAUCCAGGAAUUUGAAAGGCCAAAGGAUGUAACAGAGCUGAGAAGUUUUUUGGGAAUGUUAACUUUUAUUAGCCCAUUCAUUAAAAAUUUUUCGCACAGAACUAAAUCGUUAAGGGAAAGCAUUAUACCAGGGAACAAAUUUAAGUGGGGAGAGCAACAGCAGAGAGAUUUCGAGGAAAUGAAGAGGCUGGCUAAGGAAGAGAUAGUCAAGAGGGGUUAUUUCAAGGAGGAAGACGACACGAUUUUGUACACAGAUGCAUCGCCUUGGGGGCUAGGGGCUGUGCUCGUACAGGAGGAUAAAAGUGCGGGUAGACGACGGGUGAUAGCCUGUGCGUCUAAAAGCUUAACCAAGACAGAGAGCCGAUACCCACAGUUGCAUAGGGAAGCGUUAGCCAUAGUGUGGGCGAUGGAGAGAUUUGCAUUUUACUUGAUAGGCAGGAAAUUCUUACUUAAAUCGGAUAGUGAGGCGCUUAUGUUUAUGUUGAAAAGAGGGAAAGUUAAAGAUGUAGGAAAGCGUAUCAUGUCUAGGGCAGAAGGUUGGUUUUUGAGAAUUCAACAUUAUGAUUUUACGUGUGAGCAUAUUGCGGGGUCGCAGAAUAUUGCGGAUGCACCGUCUAGAUUAGUUGGGCAACGCGAGGUUCCACAUUUUGGAAGCGAACGAGAGCCCCACGAAUUGUUUAGUGUAGAGGCGGAUGUGGAACUGAUUGGUAGGCAGAGGUUAGCUUUAACAGCAAAGCAGAUUAAGGAGGAGUCGGAUAAAGAUGAAACACUACAGUUGGUAAUGAAGUGGACGGGUAGAGAAGGCAAAUGGCCGGAAGAAAUUGGAAGAUUCUGGCCCUUUGCGAAGGAACUAUACGUGCGGGACGGGAUGCUUUUAAAACAAGAGAAGCUGGUGCUGCCAGCAACAUUGAGUAAAAGGGCGUUGAGUAUAGCACACAGGAGCCACCCUGGUAUAACAACAAUGAAGAAUGUGUUACGUUCAGGGUUGUGGUGGCCGGGUAUGGAUAGGGAAAUAGAGUUGUUCGUUAGGAGUUGCCAGGAAUGCCAGUUAAUCACCGCUGGCGGAAUACCAGCGCAUAUAGAGACAACCGAGUUACCAGAAAACCCGUGGGAUUUCGUAGCAAUGGACAUCUCGACAGUGUCGGAAAAGUGGAAGGCGUUGGUGUUAACGGACUACUACUCAAGGUUUUUGGUGGUGUCACCUAUUGGUGGCGCAGAUUCGGAAGCAGUAAAACAAGUACUGGAUAGAGUGUUCAGAACAUGAUUGAUUUUCAGAUUACCUAGCGCCAGAACGGAAAGAAUCCAAAGGGAAGACGGGGAGUUGAGAGACAGAGACAGGGUAGCAAAGGUGGCACGUAACGAAAGAGAGGAUAAAAGAAGGGGGGCUAAACCGAUGGAUUUAGGAAUAGGUGAUAAGGUGCUGGUGAUGCAGAGGAGGAGAGAGAAACUGGACCCUCUAUACGAGAAAGCGGUACAUGAGGUGAUAGCAGUGGAGGGAGCCGGUAGAGUAACAAUGCGUGACUUGCAGUCAGGGAGAGUGAGGGUGAGAAAUAUAAAAUGUUUAAAAAGGUUUGUGGAGAGGGAAGGAGUGAAGAGUAGAGGAGUAGAAACAGAGGAGGGUUUGGAAAGCAGAGGAGGAAUAGUAUCAAAGGUUAGGGUAGGAACAAGACAGAUUCAAAAACCUAAUAGAUUAAUAGAGACAUGAAUUGUUGAGAUAGUGAAUAAGUCGUACUCUGUGUGUGCAAGGGGAGGAUGUGGCAUAUACGAAUGAGCUGGCAUGAAUGUAUGUGUGAAUUGGCGAGCGGGGAGUCAGUCAGUGUACAGAAAUAGAGGAGUACGGUUGUGCACAAGAGCUGCGGGACUACGUGUAUAAUAUAUUACCGUACGAGGAUAUCACAGUUAGGAUGUCAUCAAGUUAAAGACUAAUAGUUGUAGGCGCAUGUUUCUGAUUGCACAAUAAAUGGGAUGUAUUUAC